UCCCUCCUCCCGGCCGUUGCUGCUGACUGGUCUGCGAGGUUCGUGUUCCACGGGCGGAGAGAGAGGAGAGGGAGAGGGAGAGGGAGAGGGAGGAGAGAGGACGAAGCCCUCUUCCGCGUCGUCCGCUGCUGUUUCUCCCCACCCUUCCCUGCCUUGGCUUGCGCAUCCGACCUUGCCGAAACUUCCGACCUCACAGACUGAAAGGGUCUGUGAAGAGACUUUUGCAGCAGUGCGAUGGAGGUAUUUGGCAAAUCUGUGAUUGCUGAGCCCAGCAAUGUGAUUUUCUUGUCUGCCAUUCUUAACACAGAAGGGUCAAACCCUAGUCACAAGUGUGACAAGAGGUGCCAGAAUGAGCACAUUUUUGGGAACAUGUACCAUUGCAAACUGACUGGAACCACUCACAUCUGCGACAAAAACUGUAACCAGAGGAUCCUCUAUGAUAACCAUAACUCCCUCUGCCGGGUGAGUGGGCAGUUGUUCCCGCUCUCUCCACUAGAGCAGCAGGCAGUGAGGGGUAUACGCAGGAAGCAUGAAGUUGACAGCAAUGAAGGCUGCUCCUUUAAGCGCAGGCGUGGUGCACAGCUGCAUCCUUCCCCUUUCGAGAGGUCCUACUCUGCUGUGUCUCCAAUCCCCAGCCAGGUUGGAGAUGGCAUGGACCUGAGCUAGAGCUAAUGCGACUUACUUUUCUUCAGCCAGCCAUCUAAUUCUGUUCUUUCUACACCCUUUUCCCUUCAAUCACAGGAUGGGACUAUAAGAGCUUCCUUCUUUGUAGACUUAUGAAGGGAUAUGAGACCCCUUAGAGCACUGAAUAAAUGUCUAUGUAGUAUGAAUUCAGUUUCAUGGAACCUUGUUGUAACUCGUAAACUUUGGUUGAACUGCCUAUUCUGAAUCAGUAGUACUUUCAGAUAAUCGUUCCCUGCUUCCUUUUCCCCCCUUCCUAUUUAGUUAUUUUGUUUGCCUUUUUUACGUUACGUACGCUAUUUUUCCUUUCUAUGUUCUUCUAAUAUUGAUUAUCUGAUGCGCUUUAAUUCAAUUGAGUUGUGUAAAUUUGUUUGACCAUGUAAAAUCCUUGGAAGGAUUCUUUGGUUCUGCAAUCUGGGAGGCAGGAACCUGACUGACUUUGCUGAAUGAAAUUUUUGUACAGUUGUUAUUAGUGUUCUGCUUGACAGGUUCCUGAUCAAGCUUGAAUUAUUUACGGUUUGUUCUCAUAUAGCUUGAUUCUAUCUGUUAUUUAACUCCUUUUUACACGUUAUGUUUCUAACACUUGCUGUUUCCCUCAUGUUCUCUUUUGUUUUGUCUUUAUCCUUAACUUUUGUUGUAUGCAGGACCAUCCAGGUGCUAAUUAUUUUGAGAAAUGUUUUGAUCUUUUAAAUAACUUAUAUUCAUGUUUAUAUAUUGCUAACUUAAUUUUGUUUGUUAAUUAACUUCUCUCUUUUGUUUAUGCAGGUGAACUGCUAAUCUCUGAUUCCUUUGCUAUCGUCGGUGGCAAGAAACUAAUCAAGGGGGCUCUUCUCAUUGUUUGCAGUGGAGAGCUGUUACGCUUCAGCUGAGCAGCAUUUUUUGCAGAACAUAAAUCGGUGUAUGAGAAGCUCGAUACUACUACUUUGCUAGAUAAGCUCGAGAGACAGAUAACUACAACACCCAAAUUGGUGAAAAUACUGCAGUUUACCAACUUAUGUUUAGGGCUACCACCUGCAGUUUGAAGAGCAGCUGCCACCUGCAGUUUGAAGAAAUCUCACUAGCCUUCCGGGGGCUUUUGGAGAAUCCAUCCGACAAACUUGCUUUUGCACCAAGCAUGUCUUGUUAUGAUUGUACAUAAUAUAACUGUUUAAUAGUGGGUGCUUUCCUUUCGCAUGAAGUUUUGUUGGUACCCGCACCCCCACCUUUGUAUGUCUAUAUGAACAAAUAUUGUUUGCUAAUGCCUAAUGGAAUUGCCAAUUUGCCAUUCCAUGCUAGUAUGCUCCUUGAGAAAA